AUGCAAGCGUCAUCGGGUUCCGGAAGCAUUGGGGCCAAAUUUGAUCUGUUUGACGUUUUCGGUAGUAGUUUCAGUGGUUCGCAAUCAUCAUCGAGCUCGGCACUGAAUAGUUUAGCAACUGCAUCGAAAAAUGUAUUUUCUCUUAAAGAAAUUCAGUAUGCACUACAGCAGGAGACUAUCGAAAGCGAAUGGACUGGUCAAAAAUGGCUUCCGAAAUCAUUUGAUGUGUACAAACUGGUUGACAUUGCAGAUCGGCUUCAAGUAGCCAUCAUUGUUAAGCAAUUGAUUGCAGAUAAAUCGAGUGGAGCAAUUAUUCGAACUGUGAACACAAUGAACAAACCAAUUGUUGUCACUAGUGGUUCGUCAGCAUUGACUGGUGUCGUUCAAAUGUAUACUAGUAGUGAGUUACCUCCAGCACCGUGGCUUCUAUGUGAUGGUAGUGCGAUAUCACGCAUCAGCUUUCAACGACUUUUCUCUGUAAUUAGGACCAGAUAUGGACCAGGAGAUAACAGAACAACAUUUAACUUGCCUGAUUUUCGAGGUCGAGUUGCCCUCGGUGUUGAUCCAUCGCAAUUGCGUGUGCAACAACCGACAGUAUUGGGUUCGACAGGAGGAAAAGCUCUGCAUCAAUUGACAGUGGACGAACUACCAUCUCACACACACAGCAAAGGCACGCUAAGUACCAGUGCUGCUGAUAAUCAUAACCACAACCUAAAUGAUCCAUCACACAAUCAUGGCAGUCAAACAGGCGACGGUCCUAUGGGUGGAUCUGGUCGAGGUAUGUCAAGCGGCGGAGGUUCCAAUGAUUACGCCAGACAUACUCACUCAAUACCAUCAGGUACAACCGGCAUAGGCAUCGAUCCUGUUGGCGACCAUGCGCAUGAGUUAAAUGGCGUUACGGGCUCCGUGGGCAAUAACACAUCAUUUAUUACAAUAUCACCAUAUCAAACCGUCAGUUAUAUCAUUAACUCUAACUGA